CCUCAGCGGGGCCGGGUGUCCCCUCCCGGGCGGGCGGUUCCCCUUCUCCUCUCCCUCUCUCUCUCUGUGUCCCCCUCGUCCCCCCCUCACCUCAGCGCGGCGCCCAUGAGCCUGCCGGUGGGGGUCUGACAGCGCCCGGCUCGGCAGCGCGGACCCCUCUGUCCUCAGCAUCUCCCCCAAAGGGAUGGAGAACUCGUCGGUGGCAUCGGCCUCCUCGGAGGCGGGGAGCAGCCGCUCCCAGGAGAUCGAGGAGCUGGAACGUUUCAUUGACAGCUACGUCCUGGAGUACCAGGUCCAGGGGCUGCUGACUGAUAAAGUCGAGGGGGAUGGAGAGAGUGAGAAGACCCAGUCCCACAUCUCACAGUGGACGGCGGAUUGUAGCGAGCAGCUGGAUGGCAACUGUUCCCCAUCCCGAGGGAAGGGCUCCUCGUCUCACCAACACAGUCAGAAUGGCAACAAGGAGACCUCCCUGGACAUGCUGGGCACGGACAUCUGGGCUGCCAACACCUUUGACUCCUUCAGUGGGGCGACGUGGGACUUGCAGCCUGAAAAAUUAGAUUUCACCCAAUUUCACAGGAAGCUGAGAAACACCUCCAAACACCCACUGCCUCACAUAGACAGAGAAGGGCUUGGAAAAGGGAAAUAUGAAGAUGGAGAUGGUAUCAACUUGAAUGACAUAGAGAAAGUCCUUCCAGCAUGGCAGGGCCACCACCCGUUGCCUCAUGAAGCUGAAAUCGCACACACAAAAAAACUGUUCCGAAGGAGGAGAAACGACCGGAGGAGACAGCAGAGACUUCCCGGUGGGAACAAGCCUCAGCAACACACAGAACAUCAGCAAGGUGGCACCAAACACAACAGGGACCACCAGAAACUCUACCAAGGAGGUCAGGCCCCUCACUCCUCAGGCAGGAUGGGCCACCACGGCUACAGCCAGAACCGGAGAUGGCACCACAACCAGAAACACUUGCCCAACGACAAAGAAACACACAGAAAUGCCAAAGAGACUGAGAAUUUGAAAAUUGAGGACAACUCUGUCUGCACGGAGCACAUUCCCGUGGAGACACAGCAAGCUCCAGAGGCUGUGGAGAAGCAGUCUCAGCAAUACCUCCAGGAGUCAGAGACCAAGAGGAAGGACAGUAUUCACGAGCGCAUUGGGGAAAGACCCAAGAUCAAUUUGCUUCAGUCUUCCAAAGACAGGCUGAGGAGGAGACUAAAAGAAAAGACGCCUUGUCUUUCCCUUUUCACGGACCAGGACGAAGUCACGGUGGAAACCACCAAUCCUGAAAAGAACAAAAUGGACAAAUUAAUUGAAAUCCUCAACAGCAUGAGGAACAACAGCAGCGACGUUGAUUCCAAGCUCACCACCUUCAUGGAGGAGGCCCAGAACUCUACCAACUCUGAGGAGAUGCUGGGGGAGAUAGUCAAGACCAUCUACCAGAAAGCGGUGACAGACCGCAGUUUUGCUUCCACAGCAGCCAAGCUCUGUGACAAAAUGGCCCUUUUCAUGGUGGAAGGAACCAAAUUUCGGAGUCUGCUCCUCAACAUGUUGCAGAAGGAUUUCACCAUGAGGGAGGAGCUGCAGCAGCGGGACGUGGAGCAUUGGUUGGGCUUCAUCACCUUCCUCUGCGAAGUCUUUGGCACCAUGAGGAGCAGCACUGGGGAGCCCUUUCGAGUCCUCGUCUGCCCCAUUUAUACCUGCCUCAGAGAGUUGUUGCAAUCUCAGGAUGUGAAGGAAGAUGCUGUGCUUUGCUGCUCCAUGGAGCUGCAGAGCACCGGCCGGCUGCUGGAGGAGCAGCUACCAGAGAUGAUGACAGAGCUGUUGGCAAUAGCACGUGACAAGAUGCUGUGUCCUUCCGAGUCCAUGCUGACACGGUCCCUGCUGCUGGAGGUCAUCGAGCUGCACGCCAACAACUGGAACCCCCUGACGCCCACCAUCACGCAGUACUACAACAAGACCAUCCAAAAACUGACGGCUUGAGGGGCAGGGCCAGGUGGGGUGGGAAGGGACGAGAAGAAGACAUGCGCCUUGAGGGGAUCCAGUGAGAGCUUUUCCCCCCAUUUCAAUCCCCCCAGCAGCCCAAACCCCAGCAUGUUCGUGGGGUGGGCAGGGAGGAGCAUGUUUCUUUUUCAGCUGCAUCGCCAAGUGCCACCCCCUGUCCCUGCCGGGUCAUCGUUUGGCUUUCGGAAGAAGACGGAGAUUUCGGGGAAGGAAAAGAAAAAAAAGAAGAAAUAGGAAAAACACACCAAAAAACCCAACAAAACAAAGAAGCAAAACAAGUGGGGUCUAGUAUUGUUUUCACACCGUCCUCCUGCCUUGCCCUGGCCAACUGGCAGGAGACAGCAGGCAGCAGAUGUCCCGGGAGGACAAAACCAGACACGCUACACCAGAUGUUCAUCAUCGGUGGCUUUUGUCAAGCCUUGGUUUUUUUUUUUCCACCCCCUCUUCUUGUCUUUGACUCUUUGUGUCUCCCCCACGCUCCUCCUCCUCACCACCCCUCCAACAGUGGGCGGGAGAGCGGGAGGACUUUCUUAUUUGCACCGGCUUUUGGUUUUCCUCGAGGGUUUGUAUGUUCCUCCUUGUUGGGUUGUCUUGUUGAACGGACACUUGGGAGCAGGUCAGAGACGGGGAGAGUGACGCCUUCCUGACUGCUUGGUGCACGGGAAGGUGCUGAAGCAGAAGGAGCAUUUUAAAGGAGUCCCAAAGCCACUGCAGGAGUAACGUGGCCACCAUUGUCUUGCCAGUAACCUCGAUGGGUUGAGAAACAUGUCCUCUGAGCUGGGAGCUCUGAGAAACAGGGGAUUCUGUGGCUGUUCAAGUUGCGCUCAACCACUAUAACCCAUUUCUUCUUUUUUUUAAGGGUUGCUUUUUUGUUUCCAUUGAAGGAGUGGUUUAUUGUAAUUACUGUCAUGGUUGUAAUUAUAAAUUUAAAUCCAGGUCUGUUGUAGUCAGGCCAAAUAAUGUACAGGGCGAGGGAGAAAUGAAGGUUUGAAGUUCUUUGGAGGCUGGGAAAGAGAAGACAGGAUGUGAAGAGCAAAAAGGAGGAAAAGAGGAUAAAAUAGGAAAAGCCAAAAAUAGAGGUUUUUAACUGGCUUUAACUAGUUGAAUUUGCUAGUUUAAUUUCCUAGGUGUGCAGUGUACAGGAGCAGCUCUGUCCCAUGGCCGGUGUUAAGUGACACUGUGUCCUCCAGGGAUGAGUGACAUGUUCAGAAGGGAAGAGUUUGCUUGGGGAUCCCUGGGUUGCUCCAUGCUGGAGCAUCCCGAGGGAUAGGGUGGCUGCAGGGGGCACUGGUGAGAUGCUGCCUGGGUGAGGAGAUGUCCAGAGGGUGAGGAGACUGGUCCGGAGGGACACACCAUGCCCCGAAUCAUCAAUAAGACCUGGUGGUCUCCAUAUUUACUUGUCUAAUGAUGUUUUUACCCAUGAAAUCACUUCUGGUGCUUAUUUUGGUGAAGCCUAAUGGGGUUGCAAGCUGCCCCAUCCUAUCUGCACAGUGGAAGAGGAGCCAAGGAAGGAAAAAUUCCAGCAGCCAAUCCCAUUAUUAGAUUUUCUUUCUCAGUGACAAGAAGGGAAUUUAUGGCACAUCGCCAGCACGCACAGACCCCUCUUUGGGUCCAAACUCAGCAGCUCAAACCCAUUUUUUUCAAGCAAAACAUUGGAUUUCUGGUGGCUUGUAGGAAAGGGAGAUUUCACCCCAACCUCUUCGGAUGGGUAGGAUGUUCUCGGGUGCCUUAUGAAUGUGUUGGUCUGUCCGUGCUGAGGAGGAAGCUUUUGGCUGCAAAACUUCAAGGGCAGAAAUUUUCAGCAGAAAAUGUGUUGCAGGAGAUGAGAGUCCUGAUGCUGCUGUUCAAGUUCUUCCCCUCCCUGGAAGUGUUGAAGGACAGGUUGGAUGGGGCUUGGAGCAACCUGGUCUAGUGGGAGGUGUCCCUGCCUGUGUUAGGGUGGGUUGGAACUGGAUGAUCUUUAAGGUCCCUUCCAAGCCAAACCAUUCUAUCAAUAUUUGAAUUUUCAUCUGAUGUUCUGCAGCUGCAGUUUCUAAUCUGUACAUGGAGCAAGAGGAACGAGCUGGAAACAGAAGCUUCAAUUUUCCUGUCUAACCAGAAAGCAGCAAAAUUAUUGCUGGAUGCACUGGACCUGUCUGGAAAAAUGAAUUUCCACUUCUUGGACUCAAACCCAGGAGCUUCACGUGGUGAUGGCACCUUGCAUUGGGUCAGCUUCAUUAGUAGCAAUGAGAGUUGAUAAUAUUAAUGAGCAACUGAACGUCAUUAAGGUGGCAAAGCCCAGCAGUAUUAUAAGGCUGAGGAUUGUCCUCAUUGCUCUUGUUUUUUCCUGCUCCUUGGUUUCUCAAGGAGUGGAGGAGAAGGGAAUAAACACCAUCACAGCAUGCCCAGGCCCAACAUCAGUCUUCUGGGAGAAGACCUGAAACCAGUUUUGUCGUGAUUUUUUUGUUUGUUAUAAAGAACAGAAAAGUCCUGUGAUGAGGGCACAGCUGUGGGUCGGGGUGCCAAGGAUCCCAGAAAGGAAAAACAAAAAUACACAAAACCAAAAGUAAUGGGAGAUUUUGCUUCUAAAACCUGGACUUUUCAGCCAGAGAUGAUGUGUAGGCUGCGUGGCAGUAUUUUUGCUGAAGCGUUUCCCUCCCAGCCAAGAGUGUUGAUUCCAUUUGCCCAUGGGGAUGCAAUCCUGCAAGCCUUUCUCUGACUGGGCGUGGCCCAUGACUUUCUCCUCCAGCAGUGGGAUUUCUCCCAUGGAAGAAUUUUGAGGUGAAAUCCAUCAGGUUUUUUUAAUGUCUUGCCAUUUAUCUCCGCUAUUAACGUACGCUUGUCCAGCCAUUAACCACUUCAGUACGUCAGUCCCUCCAUUGAUACAUGAGAAGCAAAAUGUUGACCAAAACCAGGGUUUUUUUUCCCCAAAAAAAACCAUGCUGCCCAUGGUAUCUUUCCAAAGUCCAUCUGUAGGAAGCCAGCAGACACGUGGCAUCAUGAACCACGGUACCACUUUGGGAAAAGAGGUACCACGAGGUCAUUUGAUGGAGCAGGACGGGAAGGAGCACUGGGAAGUUUUUGGGAUUCCUGGUGAGAGCACCUAAGGAUGUCACUGAGUAUUUUCUGCUCUUGUUUGUUUGUUGGUUGGUUUUCUUUAGAAACAGUCGCCAAAGAGUGUCAUUCUACAACGUGCAUUUUGGAAGGUGUGAAGCCACCAGCUCCAUCUCCCCAAAAUUAGCUGGAUUCCAUCUUCACUGCUCAAUAAAAGAAUCUGUGUGGGUUGGUUGGGGUUUGUUUUUUUUCAAUACAUUUUUCCCAGAAGGUUCCAUCAGCAAAGGGAAAAAAAAAUCACCUCCUUGGGCCAAAAAAAAAAUGUUUGGGGCCAAACUUUGGGCUGGUUUGAAGGUGAGUGGCUGAAGCCACUUCAGAGGAGAGAUGCUCUUCACCACCACUGUGCCGACCCCCCUCAGAUGCAGAGCAGGUUUUCCAGCUCCCUCCAGACACCCCAACACCUAAUUCACCUCAUUCCCAGUGAUAUUCUUUCCAAACUGAAGGUUUGUGGUUUGUUUUUUUUUUUGCUACCCACCUCAUGGAGGUGAAAUGAAAAUGGGGGGGGGGGAAGAGAAUAUGAAGCAAUUUGCUUCUUUCCCCUCUUCCCCUGAAGGAGAUUAAUUAGUGUCUAUUCUUGGCAUGAUUGAUGGCUUCGAAGGAAAACCUGUCAGAAUAACUUAUGGUUCAUUUUCCAUGCUUAUUUUUAUAACAUUCCUCACCUGGAAAUCUCUCAAAAUCUGAAUUUUUAAUCUUUUUUUUUUUUUUUCCCUGCUGGGUAUUUUAUGGUUUUACACUAAUUCUGCUCUGGUGAUAAUUUCAGUAAUUUUUUAUUUUUGGGGGAGAGAAACCACACAGAGGGUUGCAAAGUCCACUGUCCAUAGCCAAGGGAGCUGCAGAACACAGAGUUAAUGCUUAGCAAUCCAUUAUUUUAUUAUUUUUUUAAUGUAUUUAUUUGCAUUUGAAGAAGCCACGUUUUUAAUUUAAUCAUAUUUGUCGAACUAAGUGCUUUAAAAAAAUAAUUAAAAAUAAAGAAAAAAGAAAAAAAGAGGAAAAAAAGGUUUUGGGGAGGAAAAGGACUAGAUAUUCAUCCUAGAGAAAACACAAACUCAUUGUUUUCAGCAUUUCAGAGACUGAUAAAACAAGGGAGCUCAUAACUCUUUGUGGCAAUUCAGUCUUUGUUUAUAGAACAUCCAGACCCACUGUAUGCUAUAAAAUGCAUCAUCUGAGUAAUAAAUGUUUAAAGCUUGA